CCCGGAUGGAGCAGCGACGCCAUCUUUACGCCAGUCCUACCGGUGGGUCUUCGGUUCAGCGGAGCGGCAGUGUUGCUGAUCCACCGACAGGAAUCGCCGAGCACCCGAUAAUCCUCCCUUUCCAUCGGGACGCAAGGAGCAGUCCCCACGCCCGAGCACCAUGACGGAGAGAGAGGACCAAGUUUACCAGGCGAAACUCGCCGAACAAGCAGAGAGAUAUGACGAAAUGGUGGAGUCGAUGAAGAAGGUGGCCAGUAUGGAUGUGGAACUGACGGUGGAGGAGAGGAACCUGCUGUCUGUAGCAUACAAGAACGUGAUUGGAGCCAGGAGAGCCUCCUGGAGGAUAAUCAGCAGCCUCGAACAGAAAGAAGAAAAUAAAGGCGGAGAGGACAAACUAAAGAUGAUCCGAGAAUACAGGAAAAUGGUUGAGAAAGAGCUGAAGUCAAUCUGCAAUGACAUUCUGGAUGUACUGGACAAGCACCUCAUCUUAGCUGCAGUCACGGGAGAGUCUAAGGUUUUCUACUACAAAAUGAAGGGAGAUUACCACAGGUACCUGGCAGAGUUUGCCACAGGCAAUGACAGGAAGGAGGCAGCAGAGAACAGUUUGGUUGCAUACAAAGCUGCUAGCGACAUCGCCUUGACUGAACUCCCUCCAACGCACCCCAUUCGCCUGGGACUGGCCCUUAACUUUUCAGUUUUCUAUUAUGAAAUCCUCAACUCGCCAGACCGUGCCUGCAGUUUGGCAAAGCAGGCGUUUGACAACGCCAUCGCAGAACUGGACACGCUGAGCGAGGAGAGCUAUAAGGACUCAACACUUAUCAUGCAGUUGCUACGUGACAACUUGACACUAUGGACCUCAGAUGUGCAGGGAGAUGAGUCUUAAGGACCGUCCUCUUCCUUCACUCUUCCUCCAUUAUAGAAGUGUAUUUUGUGAAGAACAGAACAAAGAAGCACUGCAAGAUGCGGAGGAAGAGGCCCAGUGAGACUGAACAACACGAGACAAGCCCUCCUCCUCCUUAUCCUUCUUCCUCCUCUGACUCCUCCAUUAUUUCUCUCCCCCCAGCACUCGCUCCUGUCCCCAGCCACACUUUUCAGCUGGGUUUAUCCUGCAGCCUACUCCCCCUCUCUCUCUCUUCUCCUCCAUUUCUUCCACCUCUCCUCCUCGUAUGCACGUCCUCUCCCAGGUCUUCAUCUCCACUCCUCCUGGGGUUUUACCUUUAUGUUGCAAGCCUGUACCCUUUAAAGCUCCUUUCCCCUCUUUUACUGUUUUAAUUUCGCUUUUCUUUGCUGUAUCAUCUGUUGCCAAGUAUGCUUGCCUGUAUUUGUAACACACACAUAUGCAAGAGUUUAUUUAAAGAUGAUUCUUUGCUGUUUUUCCUGUGUAUGUGUGUUUAUGAAAAACUUUUUUGUCCAUGCUUCAGUCAGUUAGAAACAUUUCAGUUUGCAAAUGAAGGAAAUCAAGCAGUGAUGGGAGGUUUAAAAGGGAUGUGUUAUAAGCUUUUAGGAAGAACUAAGUGCCCUCUUUACUUUGUGGUUACCAAAUCCUGCUCCUUCGACACAUCAUUGGUGUUUGUUUUUUAUUACGACCACAAAAAGCCGAAUGUCCCCCCUCUCUGAACAUCACUCCAACCUCUAUCCUCGUCCACUCUCGGACCAAGUAUUGUGCUGCGAGGCUGUAGAGCUUUUGCUAAUGGCAGAUAGUUAGGUAAUGGCUUUGUAGCAGAUCAAAUCGUGUGCGUGCGUGGGAGGGGAAUGCUCAACACUCUGAUUGUAACGUAAUGCAAAACUUGCAUUGGCUCUAUAUAAGACAAAACAGUUUGGGAAAUAGAGGCCUGCUGUAUCUUUACUCCCCUGAUUCUUUCAGGUUUCCUCGUCUCGACUCUCUUUCCGACUCCCCUCAUGUCCUCUCCUCCUUCUGUUCAGUAUGUGUAACGUGAAUCUGAUUUGUACUACUGGAUGUUCUCACCGGAGCCACAAGUACCAUCUGUAUUCUUACUGAAACACAGCAUGGAAUUAACAUUAAACUUCAAAUUGAGAAAUGUUA